AUGGGUGCUAUCGUCAGCUACGUUCAUGACCUCCUGGACAGCGCCCUCGCCACCGUCAAGCUAGUCCAAAAUCGUGAGGUCGGCUGGAAGACCAUCAAUCGUAAGACUGGCUGCUAUGUGCGCGAACAACAACCCAUCUACAGGAAAGUCAAGCUAUGGCUCUUGUUCAGUCGGCCCAUGGAAUGGUUCGACCGAACGUGGUUGCUGAGGUAUUGGAUGCACGAGAAGACCAUAAGAUCUGGCAAGAAAGAAGGUACUCCGGCCUCUGCCAAGCAGAUAGCGUCCUUCGUCGACUUCUAUCACAUCAACAUGGAACAUUUCACUCCCACAGACAUCCACGCGUACCGCACUUUUGAAGAUUUCUUCGUGCGGCGACACAACCCAGGCGCCCGUCCAAUCUUCCAACAGAAUGACCCCUCUCUCGCCGUCGUUGUCGCGGACAGUCGGCUUGUAGUCUACCCUUGCGUCUCCGAGACUAAACGGCUAUGGAUAAAAGGUCGAAACUUCACCAUCGGUAAUUUGAUCCAAGACGUUGCCGCCGCCAAAAUAUGGGACCACGGCGCGAUCGCGUCCUUCAGACUCAGUCCGCAAGACUAUCAUCGGUAUCACUCUCCAGUCGAGGGCACUGUGGAAUGGUACACGCAAAUUCCUGGAGCGUAUUACCAAGUCGACCCGCUCUGCUUGCGAUCCGACAUCGACGUCUUGACGGUAAACGGUCGCUGCGCAAUCUGCAUCAACAGCCCGUCGUUUGGACGUGUGCUCUUUGUCGCAAUCGGUGCCACAGACGUGGGAACCGUGGAAAUUAACCAAAAGUGUAGGGCUAAGGGCUCACACCUGGAGAAAGGCGAGGAACUAGGUUCGUUCCAAUUUGGAGGGAGUAGCAUAAUCGUCGCGUUCGAGAAGGGGAGGAUACGUUUGACGAAGAUUUACUCAGUGUGA